CAGGCGUCGGUGUUCUGUAGUGUCCGGUCUAUGGAGUCAGUUGGUUUCGGCGGCAGCGCGGAGGUAGCAGGCGGUGUCCGAGUGGGGGCCUUUGCCCCGCCAGGAUGUUACCGGGCUUGGCCGCCGCCGCCGCGGCCCACAGAUGUAGCUGGUCCUCCCUGUGCCGGCUCCGUCUGCGCUGCAGGGCGGCAGCCUGCGGCUCCAGCGACCUCCAGGAAUGGCAGAAUUUAGUGACAUUUGGAAGCUUUUCAAAUAUUGUUCCCUGUUGCACACUGAAUCAAGUAAAGUUGUAUUCCACAAAUGUUCAGAAAGAAGGACAGGGAUCACAGACUCACAAAAUGGAAAAAGUGCCAUCAUUUGAUGAAGCAGCAGAGAAUAUUGGUGCAGAACUGAAAGCUCCACUUAUUAAGCAAGAACCUCUCCAAGUACGAGUCAAAGCAGUCCUUAAAAAGAGGGAAUAUGGGGAGGAAUAUGGACCAAAGUACACUCAGAAUAAUUUCAUCACUGGAGUCAGAGCAAUGAAUGAGUUCUGCCUCAAAUCCAGUGAUCUAGAACAACUUCGAAAAAUCAGACGACGAAGUCCUCAUGAAGAUACCGAGUCCUUCACUGUUUACUUGAGAUCAGAUGUGGAGGCAAAAUCUUUGGAAGUUUGGGGAAGCCCUGAAGCUCUUGCCAGAGAGAAAAAACUUCGUAAGGAAGCAGAAAUAGAAUAUAGAGAAAGGUUAUUUAGAAACCAAAAAAUAUUGAGAGAAUAUAGAGAGUUUCUGGGAAAUACCAAGCCACGCUCUAGAACGACAUCAGGUUUUUUUAAGGGGCCAGGAAAGGUGGUGAUGGUUGCCAUUUGCAUCAAUGGAUUAAACUGUUUCUUCAAAUUUCUUGCCUGGAUUUAUACGGGUUCAGCAAGUAUGUUCUCAGAAGCUAUACACUCUUUAUCUGAUACUUGUAAUCAGGCCUUACUAGCAUUGGGCAUCAGUAAGUCUGUUCAAACACCAGAUCCUACUCAUCCGUAUGGAUUUUCAAAUAUGCGCUAUAUUGCUUCACUAAUUAGUGGUGUUGGUAUUUUCAUGAUGGGUGCAGGAUUAUCUUGGUACCAUGGAGUCAUGGGAUUGCUUAAUCCUCAACCAAUAGAAUCUCUUCUAUGGGCAUAUUGUAUUUUAGCAGGAUCAUUAGUAUCUGAAGGAGCAACACUUCUUGUUGCUGUAAAUGAGCUUCGUAGGAGUGCUCGGGCCAAAGGAAUGUCACUUUACAAGUAUGUAAUGGAAAGUCGUGAUCCUAGUACAAAUGUUAUAUUAUUGGAGGAUACUGCAGCAGUGUUGGGAGUGACAAUAGCAGCCACUUGUAUGGGCCUUACUUCUAUAACAAGCAAUCCACUGUAUGACAGCCUAGGUUCUUUGGGUGUGGGCACCUUAUUAGGUGUGGUCUCAGCAUUCCUCAUCUACACUAACACGGAAGCACUCUUAGGGCGAUCCAUCCAGCCAGAACAAGUACAGCGGCUUACUGAACUCCUGGAGAACGACCCAUCAGUAAGGGCAAUUCAUGACGUUAAAGCCACAGAUCUAGGAUUAGGGAAAGUAAGAUUUAAGGCAGAAGUAGAUUUUGAUGGACGAGUUGUUACGAGAUCAUAUUUGGAAAAACAAGAUUUUGACCAAAUGCUACAAGAAAUUCAAGAAGUGAAGACUCCUGAAGAACUAGAGACCUUUAUGCUUAAACAUGGAGAAAAUAUUAUUGAUACUUUAGGAGCUGAAGUAGAUAGACUUGAGAAGGAACUGAAAAAACGAAAUCCUGAAGUUCGACAUGUAGAUCUGGAGAUAUUAUAGACUCGAUGGAAUGAAUCACCUUGGAGGGAGCCUUGGAAACACGUUUGCCAAGACUGCUUUCCCACACUGAAGGAGUCGAUGCCAUUCAGAAGCCGUUUUUUUUUUUUUUUUUUUUUUUUUUUAAGAUGGAGGAAAUAUUUAUGUAAAGAGCAAUUCAACAGUCCACAGAACUAAAACAACUUCUUACUUCUAAGAGACAUAUUACAAGUUGAAUCAAUUUGGAAAUCAUGUUUUUAUGUUUCAGCAGGAAACAUUUUGGUUACCUAAAUUGUUCAUAAUUUUUCAUUUUAGCUGUCAGUGUGUAUUGUACCUUGCAAUCAUGUUUCCUUCACAUUGGUAAAAAAUAAGCAGCAUCUGUAAGAUUAUGAUUUUUAAUUUUGUUGCCAGUGAAGAUUUCACUCCAUCAAAACCUGUCAAUCUUGAACAUUCUGGCUAAAUCUUGGUUUGCGGUUUUUAAAACAGUCACUCCAUUUCAAAGUCUGUCUUUCCUUCUAGAAUGUAGAAAUUAUUUUAACGUACCUUGUGUUUUUUGCCCUGAGCACUAAGAGGAACACUUUCCUAACCUAGUUAUCCAUAAAUGUUCAUUCCAGAAAGGGCGUUGUUACUGAAUGGAAGGAAGAGAUUUCAGUACACUCUUUUAGGUCAUGCUACUUGCCAUUUUGUAAAAUUUCUUUUCUCUUCUUUGCUUUUUUUCCCUUAUUUAGUUUAAUUUUCCUAGUGAUAGGAAAUAUAAAAUAGCCCUAGAUAUUUCCAUGGGCCAGUGUGCUGACUGGUUUUUUGUUUUUGUUUUUUAACUGGCUUCAGUCCCAUAACGUG